AUGCAAAUAACAAAUACCACUCAAUCUAGUUCUCGAUAUUCUUUUAAUCAUAUAGUUCUUACUGGAUCUAAUUCAAUACUUUAUUCUCUUAAUAAAUUUAAGAGAAGCAGCUUAAAAAAUAAAUAUUGCAAAUAAAAUGAAGAUUAUUUUCCAUCAUCGACUUUAGCUUAGUUAAGAAGAAAGAGUUGCUGCUGCAGUGAAUGUGGUUAACUUAGCAAUUUUUAAUUCAAAUAAUUAAAUAAUAAUGCAUCCAUUAGAUAAAAUAAUCUUUACUUGAAAAGUACUUCUAUUUGUUAAUCAGUGAAAUUAAUGUAAUUUACGCUUUUAUUUUUAAAGAAAUUAAUCUACUAGAGCCUCUGUAAUAUUUUAAAGACAUCAUUCAAGAAUGAAUACCUAUGGAGAAACUUAACUCUCCUAAGUUUAUAAUUUGACUCCUACAAGAAUAAGUCCAAUUAAACAAAAAUAAGGUUCAUAAAACAAACUAAGAUUCUAUCUUUAAAAUAAAACAUUAUAACAGGUUAAAAGAAAUAGAUAGUUUUAACUUAAUCUAAUUACUGUUCAUUAAUGCAAUAAGGAUUAAGAAUAAUAAAUAACAAAUAAAUUGAUAGUUAAAAGUCCUCUUACAUAGAGAAAAUCAAAACCAGAUGUUCGACCAUAUUUAAGCCAUCUAAAAUUAAAACCAAUUUGCAUUAAAAAUUAAGUUACUCACUUUGAAAUCUGA